GAUCUUUCAUUUACCAAUUUUGGUAAGAGAUCUUGUAAAUAAGAUGGAACAAUUUAUGGAUUUUUCUUCCGACACUCAACUUCUCCAAAGCUAGUGAGUUACUUGUUAGUGUUAUAUGUACUAGUAUCCCAAAGGUAUACGUCGUGGGUUCGAUUCCCACUGUGGUCAGGCAAACUUUUCAGUCGUUGCCCAGAGUGGAUGCACACUCAGAGUAACAUCACAAACAUCAUUACUUGAAAGUGUUCAAUAUGAGUCAGCAAAAAUCGUUACUGGAGCUAUGAAAGGUACCAUUUCAAUCAUCUGUACAUAAAAGCAGUAUUUUAAAUGGUUAAAGGGGAAGUGCGGGGGAACACUAAUUUUUAGACAUUUUUUAUGAAUGAUUGGAAGAUGUUAUCGUAAAGAUAAUUGAGGAAGCGGAUAUUAAUCGGAACCAACUAGGAGAGAAGCGUUUAGUUGGGCUUAUAAAUAAAUACCAAUUCUAAUUUGGAUUGUAGACUAUUCUUAGCGCUCGUAACGAUAUGCGAAGAUGAAAAAAGGCUACGUCCACACUAAUCGGGUUUCGUAGCGUUUUCGUAUUGUUUCAAGCAUAAUUACACCAUUAUUCUCUAAGUAUUCCCUUGUGAACGGAGAACAAUACGAAAACGCUACCAAAACGGAUUAGUGUGGACGUAGCCUAGGCUCAUAACAACAUAAAUUUGAGUUCACCGGCAAAUACUAAAAAUGAAAGUUUUGUAGGCCUAUCGCCUGCAGAUCGCUUUGAAAGCGUGAAACACUGUGUAGCGAUUAAUAAAAUUUUAAGAUUAAAAUAAUAAUAUAUUCUCCUCUAUCAAUUAAAUUUGUUAUCGAGCACUCUUCUUGUACUACGGACAACGAUUUAUUAUAUAUAUAUAUAUAUAUAUAUAUGUAUAUAUAUAUAUAUAUAUAUAUAUAUAUAUAUAUAUAUAUAUAUAUAUAUAUAUAUAUAUAUAUAUAUAUAUAUAUAUAUAUAUAUAUAUAUAUAUAUAUAUAUAUAUAUAUAUAUAUAUAUAUAUAUAUAUAUAUAUACAUAGUUUAUAUGGUACAUAUGCAUGCCGGUCAUGAUGAAAGAGUUGUGUUCGUUGUAGUUCGCAAGAUGGAUAACACUGGAGGGAAAAGACGUACCAAGAUGGGAAAGGUGAAAGCCUUUGAAGAGAUGCUUAUGAAAGAUGUGCCAGGUAAGGCUCAAAAAAUAAUGAUAUGCAUGUGCGGCUUGACCCCCCAAAUAUAUUUCGGGGCCAGCUGGUCUGUAACUUAAACUCUUCCAAAUCUUUAGGUUUGUAGUAAAUCUUAUAUUAACGCAGGUAACUGUAAUGUUUCACAGGAGAACACACGUGACGUUUCAAUUAAUUGUUACACGAGAAUAUGCAAAUGAUAAGGAACACUUUUUGUCGAGAUGUGGCUGGAGCAGGCUAUUUAUUCCUCAAUUUAGUAGCUUGUCCUCUCGGUAAGCUAAGAAGUGGAAUCAUGUCUGCCCAGGUGUUUUUCAUAAUUCAAUGAAAACCACCAAUAGAAAAUCAUCUGGUCCAUUUGCCUUUCUUUUUUCAUGCUUUUUAAUGUUUCCCGUGCAUCAUUAUUUGAGAGUUUUGAAUUUUCUUGGUGGAAUUUUGCUACAUAUAUACCAUCUUUCUUAUGUCAAUAGAAUCAUUAUUAAGGGAGGUAAAGGGGGAGGAGAUCAGAUCACGUUUAACGUGAAGAAAAACAGUAAUUUACGUUUCACAUGUAAAAAAUUAACCAUAUCGCGAAAAUUAGUUACGUUUUCGAAACUAAUCUCAUCCACUGAAUGCUGCCCAUAUCUGGAAAAACGAAGAAAAUACACGCUUGCAAUAAAAUUGUUACGCCAAAAGCAUUGCUCUUCUAGUUGACGUUCUGACUAUACUCAUCUAUCUUUACACAUUAUAGUACCGGCCUCAAAUAAACUCUUGCUUCCCAGACAAAAAUUACCCCCAUUAGGCAUUACCUAGCUCACGGCUAGGCAUAUAUGAGUCACGUUUCACGACUGAAAAGCUUUGUGCUGCAUGAAGCAUACUUCAUUUAAUUAAUAGUAAUUUAUCAACUUUCAAAGCAUGCAUGUAUCGUUAAUCUUAAAUUCCAAUAUACAAUUAAGUCAGUAUAUAAUAGGCAAUUUUUAAUGUUUCAUUAUAUGUGCGGCGUACCGUGAACAGAACAUUUUGAUAAUAGCUUGUUGCUAAUCAACAUUUCUUGUCUUAAUAAGGUGGUGCAACAAAAGCCAAUGAACCCUUACAUGGCAUGUUGGAAGCUCAACUAGACAGUGCUCUUGCUUCAAGUUCUCCUCAGUCUGAGGUUGUACGUAAUGCGGCACUUCUUCACUAUUUAUCUACCCUGGCAUCGUCCAAUGAAAUGGGUGAUACAUUUGAUUAUCAGUUUGUGAAAUCUCUAUUGGAUUCUGGAGCAGAUGUGAACACUCCUGAUAAAAAUGGGCAAACCAUUUUACACGAAGUAGCCAGGUCUUGGGAUACAGAUAUUGUCGAUUUUCUUCUUGAGCAUGGUACGUUUUGAAACGAUCAUUCUUCGAUCUAUCAAAUAUAGUCACGAGUACGUUACUUGAGGAAGUGAUUUGCUGCUUGAUGUUAGACGAAUUCACUUGUGACUUUAUCAUACAUUUAGUGAUUUUGUCAAUUAAUUCACUCGUUUACAAACCAAAGUCAAGUGGAUUUGUUGUGGAAUUCACUUGUGAGGGAGUCGCUAAAAUUCAAUAAUUCGUGUUGGGAGUUGCUAAGAAUUGGCGACGUUUUUAAAAUAUCAUGCACGUUUUUAAAAACUGCAUGAUAAUCUAUUUAACUUUGAUUUUAAAUGAAAAAUAAUCAAGUUGGAAACAAGCCAUCAUGACGUUUUGAGUUCUCAAUAUUUUGCUUCAUUAUUUAAAUUUUCAAAACCUACGAAGAACACAUACACUGACGGUAAUUCCAACGAUAUUAAUCUUCUAAAAUUUGAGGUAAAUCGCAUGUAUCCUGUAGCAGACAAUAUGCAUAAUUUUGAAAACAUCAGUCAUUAUUUAAGGCGGGGGGGGGGGGCACCGAAAGAAAUAUUUUUCCUGGUAAAAAUUUUGCUGAUCCAACUUUUACAAAAUAAAUAAAAAAAAUUAGCCAACCUCAAGAAUAUAACAUAUAUUAAAUAAGAAUAAAUAUAUAAGAAUAACUACCCACCCCUAUAGCGAAAAGGCAAAACUGUACAAAGGAUACAAUUCAGUUGUCACACAUAUCCUUUCCUAAUUCUCUGACAUGAGUUUGAAAACUGCUUUUGUGCCAUUUUCUGCAUGCAGUCUAAAGUUUCAUGUCGUCUGCAUAUGUACUUUCUUUGGAGACACCAUUUGCCUCCUGACAAAUCGGAAGAUGAUCAAGAUAGUGAAUCUGAUUGAUUUACAUAUUAGCUGAAUUCAUAUUAGAAGACAGAUUUCCGUCUGAGACGAGAAACUCACUUCAAACUCGUCUAAGACGAGAAACUCGUUCAGAUAUAAAUUCGGUUAGCGACGGGUUUUCCGUCUUAAAUUUAUAUCAGACGAAUAAAUCAAGACGAGUUUCAGCUCGCAACAUUGAAAAGAGACUGGGAUGGAGGGUCCCCUAUUUUUUUGUUUAUCCUUCCGAUGGUUUUCGUUUCAUAUUCAUAUACCAGACGGAAAUCAGUCACACGAGUUUCCCGUCUAAGACGGAAAUCCGUCUUCUAAUACAUGAAUUUAACCAUUGUUUUGACAAAUGACUAUUGACAUUGCUUUUUAGUUUUCAAGGAAAUAACAAUAAAUUUUUAUUACCCAACCAUUGAGUUGUUUUGUUUUUCACUUACCCAACCUUUUUCUCACUCGAAGUUUUGUUUACCCAACCCUUUUCUCUUCGGUUCCACCCGUAGCCAUAAGUAAUGAGUGGUCCCUAAGUAAGGAUUUACCUUAAAGAUAAAUAUUUCAGGAACGUGUAAUAGGAAAUGAUCAUCAUGGUUUAUUUCGAAAUCUCGUUAACUAUGACUGAGCUAGGUGUAGACAGGUACCAUUUUAUUCAGCUAACUGUAUAUUAGUGCGGAUCAGCCGAAAAAGUCAAAGUUAUUAUGUUUCGAAUUCUACAGUAUAUCAUUACUGUUUUUCAGGAGCAAAAAUCGAUAUACAGGAUAAUUUUGGCAGAGCACCACUUCAUGUUGCUGCUGCCGUUGACUACGCUGAAAUGGUCGAAUUCCUCAUAAACAAGCAAGCAAAUAUCAACAUCUCCACAUUAAAUGAGCAACAGACUCCCAUACAUUUCGCCGCGAAGAACGGUGCAUGUCAAUCUUUAAAGAUGUUAUUAGCCUAUGGUGCUGAUAUUGUGUCGAAAGAUUCCAAGAACAGGACUCCUUUACAGGUUAAAAAAUAUUCACUCCACUACGUUACUUCCAACGCUAAUAUAAGUAUCGUUGGUGCAUUGAAACAUAUUGUUAUAUAGUAAUACCAUACAAUUAAUGUUCCAUUUGUACAAUUUAGCUUGCUGCAGAAAUGAACCGUACCAAAGCAGCUAAACUACUUUUAGAGGAAGGAGCACCGGCUGGUGUGUAUGACAAUACAGGAAACUCUGGUUUAUCACUGUUGAUUGAGAAAGCACCACAAGUGGCGCUAGAUGCUUUGGGGCAACUUCACUCAAUCGAUCACAUUAGCAGGAGAGAAUAUUUCUUCCUGGAGCACCUGGAAGGUAUUGUCAUACUGAAGGCCUGUCAAUUAUCCUAUGACAGAGAGGGGUGGGGAGUUGGGGCAAUUGGAAUCAGAUGUGGCACUAAUCGACUUACCAGUAUGCAAUUUAUUGCUUUCUUAGCGCUUGCCACGGUUUUUGUUGCAGAAUUUUCGUGAAAAAGAACGUAAUACUGUUUGAACCCCUUGAAAAUUCCAUCUUGGAGUUUGACAUUAGACCUAUUUAGGAUUGGCCAAGCAAUUUCAAUAGUAACGUACAUUUCGCCGGAUAGUAAAGCACAUGAGCAGGGUCAAACUUCCCAGAGGGUCUCUGUGACGUCAUCAAAUUUUCCCACGUCAUAAUUGUAAAACAAGAGAAGCGGUGUAUUCCAUUUUAUUACGCUUAUUGCAUAUUAUCUGGGAAAGGGGCCACUUCUAAGCUGGGACCCGGGGUAAAAUGCCCCAUUUUGAUCUCCCUCUCGGCGACCUUGCCAACCUUGUCGGAAUGACGAAAGGACUCAUUUGACCAAUUAAUUUAUCGGAUCACUUUCAUAAAUAACCAUUAAACUGAAAACAAUGGGAUGACUUUACAUCUCCUGCGUCAUAUCUAUCACACAGCGGGAUACUAAAACUACAUCUUGUUUUGGCAGGUGCACGCCUAAAUGAAACACCAUCCCCAGCACGCACUCCCCUGGAAGUAGCCGUCGAGAAUAACCGCCUUGAUAUAAUCAUGCAUCCGGUUAUUCGUCGUUUGAUCUCUGUGAAAUGGCGAGUGUUUGGAAAAUUAGGAGGAAUCGGGGCACUACUUCUAAAUCUGCUUUAUGCGACAUUGUGGACUAUCAUGGCAGUCACAAUUCCUACAACAGAUGAGGAUGCAUACUUCCCGUUGCCUGAUAAAGUAUGGAGAUGGAUAAUUGCAGUUAUUAUUGCAUUGCUGACGAUAUAUGAAAUUGUACAACAAAUUUCUGGUAUGUACUGCUACACUUUUAUCUAAAAAUGUCAGCAUUGACACGUGCCAGAACUGCGUGCGCGUGGGAAUGAUGCGAGCUGACAAAUGAAUGAAAUUCAUUUUCUUGCAGUAUAGAUAACAUGAUCACAGAUAUUUGACUAAUAUAUUCAUGUAUACGAUUUCAAAGAUUCUUUCGUAUAUAUAUUUAUACGAUUUCAAAUACUUCGGCUCUUUUAGACUUAGUAGGCCUUGACGAACUCAGAUUAUAGUAAUAGAUCUAAAUCGCUUGUUUAUCAGUACCAGUUCCCGGACACACAAUUCGAUCACUUUAAUAAUUUAAACGCUUGAUUGCCUUUGGCCAAUUAUAUCAUUAGAGUACACAUCGAUGUAGUGGUAACUAGCCAUAAAAAUGAUUCGUUAGCCUGUUACGUCUACCAUGCGCAACAAUACAAUAUGGCCUACACUAUUUAAAAAAAAAGAUGCUCUUAUUAACUAAAAACAGAGUUAAUUGUGAAAAAUCAUAUCAACCGUAUCAGAUAUGACUUUCGGUGGCUCUGACGACUGCCAGGGAGCUUCAAUCUGAAUCGUGUCACUCUAAAUAGAAGUUUGCUAACCAGUAAUUGUAAAAUAUUCUAAAAUCCUUACAGAACUCAAUUUACAAACAGGUAACCAACGCGUGAUAGUGGACUUGGUCAACUUUUAUUGUAGUUGCAUAUUGAUAAGGUCGAUCUUAGAAUAUGCAUGUCAAUUAUUUCAUGGCGCCUUGCCACAAUACCUUGCAAAGGACAUCGAACGUAUACAAAAGCGUGCAAUGAGAAUAAUAUACCCGGAUGUGAUUUAUAGUGAUGCUCUUAUCAAUGCUGGUAUUUCCACCCUUGAAAAUAGGCGAGAUAUCUAUCCUGCAAACUUUUUGAUAAUAUUGCACGUAUAAAACGAUGACCACAAGCUUGCUAAACUCCUCCCAUCUAAAGCAGCCAAUAGAGAUCUGCGAAAAGAAAGAGCCUUCGAAGUCCCAGUGUCAAAUACAAACCGCUUUGAGAACAGUUUUAUUAUCCAUUAUGCGAAAAAACACUAUAAAUGACGCUCUCUCUGAAAACUGUUAGACAAAUUUUAACUUUUUUAACAUUAAAUUUUACAUAAUAUAAUACUUAAAAUAUAGUUUUAAUGAUAAAUCAUUCUUAGAAAUGUUUAUGCCAAUUCUACUAGACAUUGUAUGUUAAUAUCUCUAUUUCAUAAUCUUGUGAACUACACAGGUAAUUCAGUCUUUUGACUGCAAGAUGAUAUGAUGUUUCAAUAAACUAUUUAUUCCCUCCAUCUAGAAAUUAUGGUAUGUUUUUUCAGGUACAUUAAAGGUGCGAAAGAACAACGCAGAAUGGCGUCAAUGGCGUGUGGAAGACCUUAGUCGUGAUCUUCAAUAUUGUCACCCACGUUGGCCUCAGGAGCAGACUUAUCUUGAAGCUGAAAUUAAAUCUGUACAAAAUCCUCCUAUCUUGGCUAGCUCGGACUACUGGUUCUAUUACGACUGGGUGGCACUCGCCUUAAUCCUUGCCACUAUUUCAUCCCAAGCUGCAUUCCUGGAGAUCAAGAGUGACUCCUCCUACCGUGUGUAUGCCCGUUUUGCAUGUGCUCUUCUUAUUGUUCUCUGGAUACGUAUUAUGAAAUCGGCGCGACCUUUUGAAGGACCAGGUGCAUUUGUUGCCAUAUUUGGUCAUAUAGUGACUGACAUUCUGAAAUGGGCUUUGUUGUUUCUGCUCAUUUUUAUUCCGUACUCGGCUUCGUUUUGGAUAACAUUUGGUGGAGACGCAACUGGUGGUCACGUUGAAGGAUAUAGCAACCUUGACGAAAUGUUAUUUAACAUGUUCUCAAUGGUCGUUGUUAUGGAUUACGGCUUCGAGGCAUUGGAGCAGUCAGACGAGCAUAUGGCUAGAUUCCUGUGUGGAACAUUCAUCAUUAUUAUGGCUAUUGUCCUCGUUAAUGUUCUAAUUGCAAUGCUUUCCGAUACCUUCACGAGAGUUUACGGAAACGCUGUCGCCAACUCCAUCAUGCAACGAGCAAAAACUAUCAUUACCCUGGAGCGGUCACUAAGCGACAAGAGAAGACGAAAUUAUUACGACUAUAUUCGCAAUACGUGUAAUCCUGAAGUUCUGACGAUCCAACCGGAUAUGAAUAGCAGUGAGAUGGACGACCGGAAGUCAGUUGAAGAAAUGCGAGAGGAAGUGAAGGAUAUGGUUCAGCUUGUGCAAAACCGCUUUGGGCGACGGUAAGACCACUUUUGUUUGAAGUAUAUCUUAAUAUUUCAAUAAAUAGUAAAUACAAAAUAAAUAUAUGGGUAAGAAGAAAUUUCGAACUUUGACUGACCAUAAGCACAACCGGCAUGGCCAGAAAUUCGGGACAGUUGGGUCAUUAUAAGUCAUUAUACUAAAAAAUAGAGAUGCAAUGCGCUUUAGAAAAUUUAAACCAAACUCCACAUCCACAACGUCGUACAAAUACGCCAAAUAUUGAUUUGUCGUUAUCCAGUCAGCCUAGAUACAUAUGAAGGUCAGUUGUAGGCUCCUGUAAACAACGUCCUCACAUCUAGAUAUGUAGCACGAUGGUUGAUUCUACUCCCAAAUAAAGUUUAAUGAUUUAAUCAACUUCAAAUUGGCGCAUAUUAAGCUAGGAUCAAACCUUCAAAAAUCGAGGGAAUAUGCUGCCAACGACAGCUGUUUUGACACCAAAACAUCCACAACUAAACUAAUUUCUCACUUUGAAUACGAUUAGCCUUCAGAAGCAAAACGAACAAUCUAUCACAUGUGAAAAGCUAUUUGAUGUGCAAACUUCCAUUUGCAUUCACAUGUGAAAUUAAUUUUCACAUAUGAAUAUUAGUGUUUAUACAUUUCAUAUUCACGUGAAAAAGACAUUACACUUAUAUGAAAUUAUGAAUUUCACAUAUGAAAUGUUCCAAUUCCAAAUAUUAUUGACGUUAAAUAAUUAUGUAAAAUUUUCAUAAGGGAUGGUUUUUCUUCAGAAAAAUACGGCAACACAAAUUUACGGAACUCAUUGUUCGGAGGGUGAAUAAACAAAAUUAGUCCGUCAGUAACAAUUCUUUCCUCGCCAUUUACUGAAGGUGGCUGUAGAGGCAGGGAAAGCGUUUAAUUGUUGUGGGGGCUUACGUAUACAGUUCAUUUUCCUCUGUUUUGAGGUGAGGGACCGAAUUUGAAAGGUAGCUGCUCGCAACUCAAUCACUGAUAUAGGGCCAUGUUAUCUUAAAAGUAGUCGCAGAGAAAUUGUGAGCAUGGCCCACGGUUUACUAGCUUUGUCGACAUUUUUCAUCUCAUUUCUUUCAUUUUUUACUCUACAUCCCUUUAUAGUAUGGGGCCAUUCACAAAAUACGUGCGUGGGGGUAGGGGGUGUUCGAUCAGGAGUCACAUAGUGUCACAAGAGGGGGGUACCACAAGAGGUAUCACGUGACGGAGAGGCGUAUAGAGAACAUUUAUCCCUGUCUAUAACAAAACAAGACCGUGGUUGUAAAUACGUGUCCCUUACAUGACAAAUCAAUAUUUUCUAUCAAAGUACUCCUGACGUCGACAGGGAAUACGCGCGUACGGCACUCCCGUUUACUCGACGAACCAGCGAGAACCUGAUUGGGAAACUGUUUAAGCCGAGAUUUAAUAAGGCAUUGACAUAGUGUCGAUUUAUAGAAAAAAUUUUGAAUCUGUUGCUGCGUAUUAAAUUUGAGUUUUGUGAGCAAUUUAUCUGAAACUACCAUUUUGAUGACAUGCAUUGCACCGUAUACGAAUUUGCGUUGCAAGUUGCAGCAAAAAUAGCUCGUGCAACGCAGCCUUAAUAUUUGCUUGUUUGAUAACUCUGUACGAUUUAUUUGCACAUAUUAAUAUCAAUACCUCCUAGGUAUGGCAAGGAUAAAAUGUCUGACUUGGAUGCAGUGAAGCAGGAUGUAGCACAACUAUGGAAGAAUCAUGAAAGAAAUGCUGCAGCGGUGAAAGAAAUCAGAGCUGCUCUUGAGAGAAUGCUGGGGAUUGCUGGCCAGAAAAAUAGUUCGGGAGCUGUAUUGAGCAACCAAUCAGGAUUCGGUGGAAGUAGCUUCGCCUGA